CACGCAUGCGCACGUGUGCACGCGGCCCUCGACUGUCAUAGCUGUUUACAUUAUCGUUCAAUGACACUUAUCGAUCCGUGAUAGCAUAUUUCAUGGAAUAUAGCUGGUAUAUUAUUACCAUCGAGAAAAGUUAUAAAAAUGACGGAAGAACAGAGUUCCUUGUUGCACAACGCUAUUAUCUCAGAGAUACCUAACACUGCGUGUUACAUACCGAAUUUUAUUACUGAGGAAGAAGAGAGGCAAAUCAUAAAAUGCGUAAACAGUGUACCGCAACCAAAAUGGACACAAUUAAGCCACCGUAGAUUACAGAAUUGGGGUGGUAUACCACAUCCCAAAGGGAUGAUAGCGGAAGCGAUUCCUGAUUGGCUUCAGAAAUAUAUUGAUAAAGUGAUAGCUUUGAAUGUCUUUGAAAAAGAAGUAUUGCCUAAUCACGUUUUAAUUAACGAAUAUUUAACUGGACAAGGAAUAAUGGCACACUCGGAUGGUCCACUUUUUUAUCCUGUUGUAACUACUAUCAGUUGUGGUUCUCAUACAAUCCUUGACUUUUACAAACGACUUGAAACGACAGAGCAACAACAAUGCAAGUUAGAAUUUAGUUUACUACUAGAACGCAGAAGUCUGUUAAUUCUACAGAAGGAUUUGUACUAUAAUUAUUUACAUUCUAUAGCAGAAAGAGAUGCAGAUAGCAUAUCAGAAUCUUCGAUAAAGAAUCUACAUAUGUGUGCAAAAAAGUUUACAGAAGAGGAAAUAAAACGUGAUACUAGAGUGUCUUUAACUAUUAGGCACGUGCCGAAAACUAGCAAAUUAAAAUUAAAAAUUUUUUGAUAUAUAUGUACAUCAUUAAAAUU